GCCCUCGCUCGCUCAGAUCAGCGCUCAUAUCAGCGUGGGGGAGCAGCUUUCUUUGAAACGAUACGCUCGGAUACGCCUCGCCAGAUUCCAGGUCGUCCGGCCUUGACAGCCUCGGGGCGCUGCUCGCUGUUCGCUACACUCUAAACUCUCGCUCGCUUUGCCUUUAUAUCUCGACCGAUGGAGAACAAGCCGGCUGCGGCUCCCGACGGGGAUGUUGCCAGCCAGAUUGCCGCCGAGGAAAAGGCCAUCAAUCUGGCCAUGAAGCGGCUCAAGCUCUUGCACAUCAAGGAGCGCCUGCUGAGGAACACCAUCCCCAAGAUGCUGGAGCCUCUGGUGCAGAAGCACCCAUCGCCAGACAUCAUGUACGCAGCCUUCAUGAAGUCAGUCAAUGAUGCGCAGGCAUCCGUCAAGGAGUUUGCCGAGUUGAUGAAGGAUGACACAAGCAAAGCUGUGUUUGACCGUGCUGAUAAAAGCAAGGAGGCCAACCCUCUGGGCAUCGUGCCUUGGAAACACAAGGAUUAUCCAGACUGGUUCGUCAUGGAUAAGGAUUGAACGCUUUCUUGAUUCACAGUUUGUUUUCCACGUUUCUUGCGAAAGGGGUGUUUUUAUGUUCGACAAUGGUGUUUUGGAGUAGAGGCGCCGAGGCGAAACCUGUACUUUCUUUCGUUUUUGGGAGCCAGCUCACGCACUUGAGUUAUGGCCAGGCCCUGGGAAAUGCAAGAAUGAUGAUGGAUUUCUCUUUUGGUAUUAGUUGGAUGGUCCCAUGCCCAAAUAUCACAGCAAAUUACUAGCUAUAAUGAUGCUUCAACCAACAUACACGUUCUUUCAUGAUGCA